ACUGCCGGCGCUUUAGGGACCGCCUGUUUUUUUGUUGUUGUUGUUUUUUGUUGUUUUUUUUUCCUUUCCCCCCCCGGUAGCUGUGUAGCUGUGUUUCCACAAGUCGGCGCUGCAGCGCGAAAUCUCAGAAAUCUGGGCCCUCAUCUCCUAGUUCCGUGAAGGCAAUUUAAACGCCUACAAAUCCUGCCUGCGUUUGUUGGGCAAAUAUCCUUAGAAUUAGAAAAGUCUUAGGUUUUGAUCUGAAGCACGCGUUAAAUAAAGCAGGAGAGAGGUUUAGAUUCUCUGUCAGAAAGGUGCCAGGUUGCUAUGCUAAGCCAUGGAGGGGGAGCAGAGAAACCCUCCCUUCCUUUUGGAGAAGGACGGGAGGUUUCUGGAGAGCAUACUAGGAAACAUACUGACAGAAACUGAAAAACUGGGCUGUGCUGAGCAAGGGCCCUCUGAGGAGCGCUACAUUAUAUACAGUAAUGCAUUUGACAAGAUAAUAGAGUAUGUUAGUGCGUACAAGAACAUCCUGACUUCAAUCAAACAGGAAUAUAAGGCAUUUAUUACCAGAAUUAAGAAUGGCCAAAGGAAUUCAUUUUUUUUUCGUGGGAGGUUAAAAGCUCUGGAAUCUGAGUCCACAGCUCUGUUAUACUAUAGGAAAAGAGCAAUGAAGCUUGAAGACAAGUGUCUGAGUGUAGAGGAAUCUCUCAGCUUGGAUUCUCUUUCUAAACAUCUCGCUCAGUUAGACAGAUGGUUGCUGGAAUUGAAAAAAGAUGGGGACAGGAAGUACAUCCCUCAUCAGAAAAAGACGGAGUUAGAACAAGAACUCUUGCACUUACUGGCCAUAAGAGAUGCAACUGAAGCAAAGAGGGAAAAGCUGAAGCUCAGGUUCACAAGCAUCUUUUCAGCUCUUGAUGUCCCUAGUAAAGUGGCUGAGAAUUCACUUGAAUAUUUUGAAACUUUCAGUGAAUUAUUUUCAAGUGGUCAGUAUGAUGCUGCAGCAACAUGUGCAAUAAACUCUCCUGGAGCAAUUCUCUGUAAUGAAGAGGCUCUAAAGAAUCUUAAAUUGAAAGUUACUUUUCUCUUUGUACUUUUCUGGGUGACUUUUGUUUUCAACCCUUCAGCUCUUAGCUGUCUUGAAGGGAGAAAUCUGCCCUCGCUGAAGUAUUUUGACACUCUCAUAAAUGCAAGUACUGCAGCUGGACACCUUCCAAAUUUACCUGUAACUCUGGAAGCAAUUAAAUAUGCGUUGUCUGAAAAACAAUUAAACCUGGUAAACCAUUGGGUUACACAGCAAAGACUAACCUUUUCCGAGGCAGUGAGAGACGUUAUUUAUGAUUAUGGGAAAGAGGAGCCAAACAACAUGUUGGAAUGCCUGGCUUUGGCUCAGGCUGCAUAUGGUCAUUCUGGUGCAUACAAAAAAGUUGUGUUGUGCCUGUGUAAACAGGGCCGAAUUGCUGGAGCAGCGGAUUAUAUUCAGCAAGUGGAGCAUUUUUCUUUAGGUGAUUACUUCUUCUUAUUGGAAAACUGUCCUAGCACUGCAUUAAUUUGCUGUCUCAGUCAACAGUGGAUUAGAAAACCACCAUUUUCAUCUAUGGGGGCUACAAUCCUGUCUUUUAUCUCAGCCAAACACAAAAAGCAUGGCUUUCAGCUGUUGGAGGAAAUGAACAAUAAAAAUGCUUUGGAACAGAUUAUUCUAAGUGACGCUGUCAGCACUUGGGAAGACUGGAAUAAGAUAGCAGUUACCUGUGCAGAAAAUAAGCAUGAAAAGUUAUCUCAGAAAAUUGUGUCAGUCCCCACCUCACAGGAUGGAGUGUUUGACAAUUCACAACUUGAAGAUGAAAAAGACACAAGGAUAAUGGAAUAG